CCUCGUAAAAUCACAAAACACUCAAAAUGUAAUCUAAACCAUUCAAAAAUUCAAUCUUUUUUUUUCACAAAUACGAUUUGUUGAAGUCAAGAAAAAUCUCGGCUUUGAUCUCAUCUCUCUCUCUCUCUCGAUCAUCCGAUGAAACUCCUACCAAGUACAGUAACGUUCCCCUUCUUCACUCCCUUAAAUUCAAAGCCUUUCUUCAAACCCACCAAAGUCUCUGUCUCAGUCUCCGUGCAAACUCCUCCGCCGGACUUUGAUUUCCGCAACGAGAUUGCGUCGGACUCACGCGCCGCAAUCGCUGAAACUUUCCCGGAGUUGCUCGACCUCGCUGAUAACGGGACUUUGAUUCUGGUCCAGAAACAGAGCUUUGGCCCUGUUCCAGCUUGGCGCAAGGAGUUCGUUGAGCCGGAGUCGAUUUGGCUUGUGGGCACUUCUCAUAUCUCGCCGGAGUCUGCCUCCGUCGUCGAACGUGUUGUUCGUACGGUGAAACCUGAUAAUGUCGCCGUCGAGCUCUGUCGUAGCAGGAAAGUCAAAUUCUGUAUUAGGGUUAUAGCUGGGAUUAUGUAUACUUCGAGUGUUGGAGGAGAGGCUGACCAAAACUUAAAAUCCGGAGUGUUGUCGUUGACCGGAACAGGCUUUCUUGGUGCUGUUGGCCGGAGCUUAGACUUGGGAGGCCAAACUGCGUUGGCCUUGCGACUUCUCUUGGCGGUUUUCUCUUCUAAGUUAUCUUCUGUUGCUGACCGACCUUUUGGUGAUGAGUUUCGUGCUGCUCGGAUAGCUUCUGAGGAAGUUGGUGCACAGCUGGUUCUUGGAGACCGACCCAUUGAAAUCACACUCGAAAGGGCUUGGAACUCUUUGAAAUGGGCAGAGAAACUUAAUUUGGUGAUGGCUGUGACUCGAGCAAUCACAUCUUCAUCCAGUAUAUCUGCAGCUGAGCUUAAGGAACAAGAGACAGAAGAAAGCAAUGGAAGUUUGCAGCUAUACGAACGGCUAAGUUUCUCAUACCCAUCACUCUUACUGCCUCUGAUUCACGAAAGAGACACCUACCUAGCUUGGUCGUUGAAGAGGAGUAAGGCAGUGAACGGUUGCAAAACAGUGGUGGGAGUGAUCGGGAAAGGACACAUGAAUGGCGUGAUCUACGCAUUAGUAUCAGACUCAGGGGAUCUCCGGUUUAGAGAUUUGGUUGGAAGAGGAGAUUCAUAUAAAGGUGGUACUACAUCAUCAAACGGUUGGAUUCAAAAGGUUUUAAAGAGCCUCGCAAGAGACACCAUUAUAGGGUUAGUGCUAUGGGAGUUAUAUGAACUGUAUCUCAAGUUUAUGAUGAUGAACCAAAUCCAAUCAUGAUGUAAUUACAAAUCCAAUGAAGGAUAGUGUAAAACGAGUAUAUAUAUGAUUUUUUUCUUAUAUA